AUGCAACGCUCUUCGUCUGCAGUAGACUUUACUGCUCUUCUCAACCCUUCUCCUCCACCUUCUUCCAUUCCUGCUCCCAUCUCUCCCCCUUCAGCAGACUUCGCCGCAGCCUCCUUGGACAACAACGCCUCCACCUCGACCCAGACAGACGUCGACAUGGCUACCGCCGUCAGCCUGAUGCCUACUGCUUUGGCCAACCCGAACAACGGCGAAGAGAGGCAGGACCUUCCUCGACCCUACAAAUGCCCCUUGUGCGACAGAGCCUUUCAUCGACUUGAACAUCAGACGAGACACAUUCGUACCCACACAGGAGAGAAGCCUCACGCUUGUCAAUUCCCAGGAUGCAGCAAGAGAUUUAGCCGCUCCGACGAGUUGACUCGACACUCGCGCAUUCACAACAAUCCCAAUUCCCGCAGGAAUCAGAAAACUCACCAGGUUGCCGCCGCUGCCGCCCUGGCCGGCCUUCAGGACGGUUCCAACCCCAACUUUGCAGCCCAAGCACAAAUGUUGCCCCCUCCCAACAAGGCCAACAUGCCACGGUCGGCACCCACCUCAGUCGCUGGUUCUCCCAAUGUUUCACCGCCUCAUACUUUCGCCAUGCAUACUGGCCAUAGCUCUCAUCUUCCAUCUCAUCUGACUCCCUUUGGCCGAAUCGACGACAGAGGAAAUUCGAUGGAUAUCAACCUUCUGGCCACUGCUGCUUCUCAAGUGGAGCGAGAUGAGCAUGUCACCAGAGUGCCCUAUCAGCAUCAGCACCAUCUAUUCAGUCACCGAAACUACAACAGCAAUGGGCGUUUACCGUCUCUGUCGGCCUACGCUAUCUCUCACUCCAUGUCAAGAUCCCACUCUCAAGAGAACCAUGACGAGGAUCAUCGAACGAAGAGAUCCAGACCCAACUCGCCUCAUUCUACGGCUCCAUCGUCUCCAACAUUCUCACACGAGUCAAUAUCGCCAACGCCAGAUCAUACGCCACUUGCCACUCCAGGUCACUCUCCGCGUCUUCGCCCACAUGGUAGCGAUCUCCAGCUCCCUGGGCUUCGACACUUGUCUUUGGGCCACACUCCAUUGUUGGCCCCAAUGGAACCUCAAGCAGAUGGGUCUUAUGCUCACAUCCCCCCUCCUCAGCAUAGCGGCCCUUCCAUCGCCGACAUCGUUACUGGCACUCAGCGAAAACUCCCGGUGCCGCAACUUCCCAAAAUCGGCCUCUCAGAUAUGUUGAACCCGCCAAGCGGUCUGAGUUCAGGCGAAUCCAGCAAAGCGCCAUCCGUUAACGGAGACAUUAUGACAAGAUGA